UAACCCAUACAGACGCACGUGCCACACUCCUUCCCUGUUCUCAGAUUCCUAAACUGUAAAGCAAAAAAACCCCACUGGCUGAAACUUCCAUUUCCCAAAUUCUCAUUUCACAUUUCUCGAUUUGAAACGAAAUCGGUUCAUGUGAUUUGAUUUUCGAUUACUUGAAGUUCCGAAUUUUGGGAAAUUGUAGAAGUUUCGUUUCUGUAGUUGAUAUCGUCGGCAAUGGAGGCGAUUCUAGCUCGGGCCUUGGAGUAUACGCUGAAGUACUGGCUCAAAUCCUUCUCUAGAGAUCAGUUAAAGCUUCAAGGGCGUACGGUACAGCUCUCUAAUUUAGAUAUUAAUGGAGAUGCCUUACAUGCGAGUAUGGGAUUGCCACCGGCGUUGAAUGUAACAAAGGCAAAAGUGGGAAAAUUCGAGAUAAUACUUCCCUAUGUGAGCAAUGUACAAGUAGAACCAAUAGUUAUACAAAUUGAUAGGCUUGAUUUGGUUCUGGAGGAGAAUGAUGAUGUGGAUGCAUUUAGCAGCUCCAACAGUACCCAGUUGUCUACUGGCUCCAGUAAGGCUAGUGGCUAUGGAUUUGCCGAUAAGAUUGCAGAUGGAAUGACAAUUCAGGUUAGCACUGUCAACCUUCUACUUGAAACAUGUGGAGGUGCUCGACGUGGGGGUGGUGCUGCCUGGGUAUCACCUCUGGCAUCUAUCACUAUACGCAACCUUUUAUUGUAUACCACAAAUGAAAAUUGGCAGGUUGUAAAUCUUAAGGAAGCAAGAGACUUCUCCAAUAACAAAGGGUUUAUAUAUGUGUUCAAGAAACUUGAAUGGGAAUUUUUAUCUAUUGAUCUCUUGCCUCAUCCUGAUAUGUUUGCCGAUGCCAGUUUAGCACGCUCUCAAGUGGGUUCAACUCAGAGAGAUGAUGAUGGUGCAAAGCGAGUUUUCUUUGGUGGAGAACGUUUUUUGGAAGGAAUAUCAGGAGAGGCUCAUAUCACAGUUCAGAGGACUGAACUAAACAGUCCUCUUGGGCUUGAGGUUCAGUUACACAUUACGGAAGCUGUCUGUCCGGCAUUAAGUGAACCAGGACUCCGUGCUCUUCUCCGCUUCAUGACGGGAUUAUAUGUGUGCCUUAAUAGAGGAGAUGUGGAUCUAAAGGCUCAGCAGCGAUCUACAGAAGCAGCAGGACGUUCACUAGUCUCUAUUCUUGUGGAUCACAUAUUUUUCUGUAUUAGAGAUGCUGAGUUCCAGCUUGAGCUUUUGAUGCAGUCACUUUUCUUUUCUCGGGCAACAGUUUCUGAUGGAGAAAUUGCUAAUAACUUGACGAAGGUUAUGAUUGGUGGACUGUUCUUAAGGGACACCUUUUCACGCCCUCCGGGUACUCUAGUGCAACCAUCCAUGGAGGCUGUCACAGAAAGAGUUGUGCAGAUUCCUAACUUUGCUAAGAAUUUUUGCCCUCCAAUAUAUCCUCUGGGAGACCAGCCGUGGCAAUUAAAUAUAGGCGUUCCUUUGAUAUGCCUCCAUUCACUUCAGAUCAAGCCUUCUCCAGUCCCACCAUCUUUUGCUUCAGAAACAGUUGUUGUUUGCCAGCCUCUUAUGAUUCACCUCCAGGAAGAAUCCUGUUUGAGAAUAUCUUCCUUCUUAGCUGAUGGCAUUGUUGUCAGUCCUGGAGAUGUUUUACCUGAUUCUUCAGUAAAUUCCCUCAGGUUCAUCCUCAAGGAAUUAGAUGUCAAUGUUCCUCUGGACAUGAGUAAAUUAGAUAGUCCACUUGACAGCAGGAACAAUACUUGUCAGAAUUCUUUCACUGGAGCAAGACUUCACAUUGAAAACUUGUGCUUCUCAGAAUCGCCCUCCCUAAAACUGAGGCUGCUAAACCUGGAGAAGGAUCCUGCAUGCUUCUUGCUGUGGCAGGGUCAACCUAUUGAUGCAAGCCAGAAGAAAUGGACUGCUGGUGCAUCGCACCUUGGUUUGUCCUUGGAAACAUCUGCUAGUUCUACACAGCUGCCAAGUUCUCAUGGGUUGGCUUCAGGCUUGUGGAGAUGUGUUGAGCUAAAAGAUGCUUCUAUCGAGGUAGCAAUGGUAACUGCUGAUGGAAGUCCAUUAACAAAUGUUCCUCCUCCUGGAGGUAUUGUCAGAAUAGGUGUUGCUUGCCAACAAUAUUUGUCAAACACUUCUGUUGAGCAGUUGUUCUUUGUACUGGAUCUUUAUGCUUACUUUGGCAUAGUUGGUGAAAAGAUUGCCUCAGUUGGCAAAAAUAGGAGGUCAAAGGGAAGCGAGAAUGAAUCUUCAGGUGGUAGGCUGAUGGAUAAGGUUCCCUGUGAUACUGCAGUAAGCUUAGCAGUGAAGGGACUUCAACUGAGAUUUCUAGAAUCUUCGGCAAUAGAUAUUGAGGGAAUGCCUCUGGUUCAGUUUAUAGGAGAAGACCUUUUCAUUAAAGUUGCUCAUAGAACCCUUGGUGGUGCCAUUGCUGUUUCAUCUACUUUACAUUGGCAGAGUGUUGAGGUGGACUGCGUAGAGACUGAGGGAAUCUUGGCACAUGAAAAUGGUACAAUUCUAACUUCUAUUGAGAAUAGUUGUGUAGUGCCCACAAAUGGCCAUCCUAAAUUACGAGCUGUCUUUUGGGUAAAUAGUCAGAGGAAACAUCAACAAAAUGGUAUUGUUUGUGCAAUUCCAUUUCUGGAUAUUAACAUAGUACAUGUGAUUCCAUUUAGUGAACUUGAUAAAGAGUGCCAUAGUUUAAGUGUAUCAGCCUGUAUUUCUGGCAUUCGCCUUGGUGGUGGAAUGAACUAUGCUGAAACCCUGUUGCAUCGAUUUGGAAUACUUGGACCUGAUGGUGGUCCUGGUGAAGGGCUCUCUAAGGGAUUAGAGAAUUUAUCAACAGGACCUCUGUCAAAACUUUUCAAACCAUCACAUCUCUCACUUGAUUUAGCAGAAGCUAGAAGUUCAGAAAAUGGGAAAGAUGGAGGAUUUCUAAACUUGGAAAUGCCAGAUGAUGUGGAUGUAUGUAUAGAAUUGAAAGAUUGGUUAUUUGCACUUGAAGGUGCACAAGAGAUGGCAGAAAGGUGGUGGUUUUAUAACCAUGAAGAUGUGGGCAGAGAAGAGUGGUGCUGGCACACAACAUUUCAAAGUUUGGUAGUAAAAGCAAAAAAUAUUCCCAGGCAUGAGCUGAAUGGCAAAGGAAAGUCACGUGGAAGACAAACAUAUCCUGUGGAACUGGUCACAAAAGCACGUACGUUGAUGGUUAGGACUCAGGUUGGUGUUGAAGGCCUGCAAGUCUUGAAGCCACAGCGACAAAAGAGCAUUCCUCUGCCUGAGAAUGGGAUGAAACAAUUUGCUGAGACAUCCGGAGGUAUAAAUCUUGAAGCUUGCAUGGUGAUGUCAGAGGAAAAUGUUGAUGAAAUGGCCUCAUGGCUAGUGGAAAACUUGAAAUUCUCUGUUAACCAACCGAUUGAGGCUGUUGUGACCAAAGAGGAGCUUGAGCACCUUGCUUUGUUAUGCAAAUCCGAAGCUGAUGCAAUGGGUCGAAUAGUUGCUGGGAUCCUGAAGCUACUCAAACUGGAGCAUUCCAUUGGCCAGGCAACCCUGGACCAGCUCAGCAAUAUAGGAAGUGAGAGCUUUGACAAAAUCUUCUCUCCACAAAAGUUUAGCUCAAGUAGUACUCAUACUGUUGGUUUCUCUCCGCCACGUCUGGUCAAUGAGAGUCCACGGACUACAGUGGAAUCAACAGUUGCUUCACUUGAGGAAGCAGUUUUGGAUUCACAAGCUACAUGUUCUGCCCUUCUUACUGAUUUAUCUACUUCAGAAUCUUCUUUACAGCAUCUUGCGGAUAUCAAACAACUGAGCAGGAAGCUUGAAAGUAUGCAGAAUUUAGUGAGGCAACUACGGAAUCAAAUAUAAUUCACCUUUGCUGUUCUUGUGCAAUUUUGGUUCAUAUGGUAUACUCAGAUUCUUUUCUUUGUACAUAGAUAUAGAAGUUAUAGAUGCAGGUUGAUCGUUGUGGUUAAGAGCAGAAAUGGACGCUGCUCAUUUUGUUGUAGCAAUACAAAUCUUGCAACAUGUAGAUCAUAACUUAAUGCGAAUUAUGGCUCAUAUUUUAAAUUUCUUGUGCAUAACCCUUUAUUUUAUUUGGGUGGAAAUGUUACGAGGCAAGUUUGUUCUAAA